AUUUGUACACCUCUAAUUAUGUUAUAGCAGUAAAGUUGCUAUCCUUUUCCAAGGUUUCCUUAUCCCAAUAAUCCACAUCUUAUCUCCCCAUUGGUCAUAUAGUCUUCACCCCAACCCACACACUGUAAAUCCAAGUCAGGCAACAAGUCUCUCUUCCCAUUUUUCUCUAAGGCCCAUUUCAUUUUUCUUCACACUCAUCUACAAUGCUUCCCUCAAUUCUCUGCUCCCCUUCCUCCUCUUCCACCUCCCUUUUCCCUUUCAACUAUUUCACCCUUUAUUCUCCUUCUUCAUCCUUAACCAAUCUCCCAUCACUUACAUACAAAACAACAAUCAAAAAAUCAACACACAAUCACUCCACAAGGGUCCAAGCUAUGAUCGAAAAAGAAACCCCAGUGACUCAACGCCCAUACACAUUCCUCCGCGAAUCCGAUGAGGGCGGCGCUGAAGGUUCAUCAUCAAACGCGAAUUCGGUUAGAGCGCGUUUCGAGAAGAUGAUUAGGGAAGUACAAGACAGUGUUUGUACAGCAUUGGAGGAAGUUGACGGAGGCGGGAAGUUUAAGGAAGAUGUUUGGUCGAGGCCAGGUGGUGGUGGUGGGAUUUCUAGGGUUUUACAAGAUGGGAAUGUAUUUGAGAAAGCUGGUGUUAAUGUUUCUGUUGUUUAUGGUGUUAUGCCACCGGAAGCUUAUCGUGCUGCUAGACCUGUUGAUAAUGGAAAUGUUAAACCUGGUCCUAUUCCAUUUUUUGCUGCUGGUGUUAGCUCGGUUCUGCAUCCAAAGAACCCGUUUGCACCAACUGUACAUUUCAAUUAUCGCUACUUUGAGACUGAUGCUCCUAACGAUGCUCCAGGAGCACCUAGGCAAUGGUGGUUUGGAGGUGGUACUGAUCUGACACCUGCUUACAUUUUCGAGGAGGAUGUGAAGCACUUCCAUUCGGUGCAAAAAGGUGCUUGUGACAAAUUUGAUGCUAGUUUCUACCCUCGUUUCAAGAAGUGGUGUGAUGAUUAUUUCUAUAUAAAGCACCGUGGUGAGAGGCGGGGUCUUGGAGGAAUUUUUUUUGAUGAUUUAAACGACUAUGAUCAGGAGAUGCUUCUCUCCUUUUCAACAGAGUGUGCUAACUCCGUAAUUCCAGCAUAUAUACCCAUCGUAGAGAAGAGGAAGGAUACCCCAUUCACAGAUGAACACAAGGCAUGGCAACAGUUAAGGAGGGGGCGCUAUGUGGAAUUCAACUUGGUUUAUGACCGUGGAACUACAUUUGGUCUCAAGACAGGAGGUAGGAUUGAGAGUAUUCUUGUUUCUCUUCCAUUAACUGCACGCUGGGAGUAUGAUCAUCAACCAGUAGAGGGGUCUGAAGAAUGGAAACUCUUGGAUGCUUGUAUCAACCCUAAGGAGUGGCUCCAUUAGUCCUAAGUCCAUGUAAAUUCUUGUUUUGUUCUUCUAUGCUUGUCCUCUUCCCAUUUCUUUGAUUAUAUUUGGCUUUCUUAGCCCGUUCCUUUAUGGUUCGUGUUUGGGGGAGCAGCGGGGGGAUUGAGGGAGGUUGGAAAUGGUUGAUAUAGGAAUGUGUUAGGAUUCAUAAUGUUACUAAAAGUGAGGCUUUUAACCUAAUAUGAUGAGAGGAAAGUUUGUUAUCUAGACGUGCCAGGUGCCUAAAGCUGCUACUGUAGCAUUUGCAGGUACAUGUCGUGUACAUAUGUCCAUCUCGUUUCAAACUUCAUUCCUUGAAGUGUCUACAUAUACGAUGAGCUAGCAUCUUUUUCUUGGUUUCUUAUCAGAACUCGGUUGGGUAUUAUCCUCACCAUUGUAGACAUCAUCAAUAGACAAUAUAGUCUCAUUGCAAUUA